UUGGCGUCCCCAUAACAAAAAGUCGUUGAAUUCGACUUCCUCCCCCUCUUCCCUUACCUGAGCUCCCUCUCCACCGGAGAUCAUAGCUCAGCAGCUCCGAUUUUGGACCCCCCCGACCACCCCCCAAAAUUUUCACCGAUUUCUGUACUAAGCCCUCCUUCUGUAGUCAAACUUUUCAAUUCAAUCUUUCUGGUUCCGAUCAAUCUCUGAUCGCUUCCAUUUUGAUGGCAUUUCUUGGUUUGUUCUAGGCCUUUUGAUACCCCCUCCGUCACUCUCCGACCCCACUAUUUUCCACAUAUUAUUCCGUUUAUUGCAAUUCGUACUUAUGGCGAUCCGCUUCACCGUCACCUACUCCGGCUACUUGGCCCAAAAUCUGGCCGCCUGUGCCACCUCCAAGGCCUCUACCGCUAACUGCCGCUUCUUACAUGAAUGCGCCGCGUCCCGGUCCCUCUUCAAAACCGAACGCAAUUACCCCUCCGAUUUCCGGCCACGGCCGCCCAAGCCCAAGACCACCGCCUGCUCCUCCUCCGCCUAUUCAAUGUAUUCAACUCUCGCUGCUGAAAUCUUCGGAGGAAAAUCUCAAAGCUCUUUGGUAGUCGCCUUAAUUUCGCUCAUGAAUCCAACCUCCUCUUCGUCUUCCUCAUCGUCUAUCGUUUCUUCUUCUACGGGUGUUUUUGGGAUUUCGCCGGUUAAGCCGGCGUCCAUCAUCCCCUUCUUACAGGCGUCUAAGUGGUUGCCCUGUAGCCAGCCCAGUAUUGGGAAGGCGGGGAGUCUGGUAGAUAAAGGGGGAACUGCUGCUACGGCGGAUAAGUCUAGUAACACCAGGAAGCAAGGGCCUGUUGUGGAGAAGACUACUGUUGCUGCUGUGGCGGCUGCUUCAUCAGAGGCUAUGUCCGAGGAUUUAAAGCUUUCUAGAAGCAGUUGGUUGUCGAAAUUGUUAAAUGUCUGUUCCGAUGAUGCUAAAGCUGCUUUUACUGCUUUGAGCGUUAGCAUUCUGUUCAGAUCAUCUUUAGCUGAGCCAAGAUCAAUUCCCUCGACCUCUAUGUACCCCACUCUUGACGUAGGCGACCGCAUUCUUGCUGAGAAGGUUUCGUAUGUUUUUAGGAAGCCUGAAGUUUCAGAUAUUGUGAUUUUUAAAGCACCUCCAAUUCUUCAAGAAAUUGGUUAUAGUUCUGGUGAUGUCUUCAUUAAGAGAGUUGUCGCUAAGGCUGGAGACUAUGUGGAGGUUCGUGAUGGCAAAUUGCUGGUAAAUGGGGUUGCUCAAGAUGAGGAUUUCAUCUUAGAACCAGUGGCAUAUGAGAUGGAUCCGGUGCUUGUCCCUGAGGGGUAUGUCUUUGUCAUGGGGGAUAACCGCAACAACAGUUUCGACUCGCACAACUGGGGCCCCCUUCCAAUUCAAAACAUUGUUGGUAGAUCAGUGUUUCGAUAUUGGCCUCCGUCCAAAGUUUCUGACACUCUAUGUGACUCGCCUCUGACUACGACUGCUGUUGCAUUUUCUUGACUGGUUUAUCCGGAAAGACUUGCUGUACAGACUCCCACAGUAGGAAGAUUGCUGUUACAGUUUUAUGACUCCAGCACUUCGAUUCAGAGACAGGGUCCCAAAACUUGUUUCUUCCUUUUGAUCAUCUUUUACCAAUCAUUCAUUCAUCCUUUGGGGUGUUUUCCGGCUGCUGUGAAUACUUAAUCUCCCUGGUGUUAUGGCUUUGAACAUACGAAGCUGUUGUGUGGAUGGAUAAUCUCAUCCAUCCUAUGAUCAUUAUUGCUGUUAUACUAUACAUUAUUGACUGGGUUCUUAGUUCCAUUUAAAGGGGAAGGGCAAAAAAAAAAAAAAAAAAAAAGUUAACAAAAGAGGUUGUCUUGCCCCGCCCCCAACCCCCAAAAAAAAAAAAAAAUCAGGACCCCAUCUGUAAGCUUUCAAUUUUUAAUGUAGUGUGUUUUUUAUUUUUUUUGGGUACCAAGUGUUAUUCUCUUAUUCGAGUGUCGUUAGUUUUGACUUGUAGCAAAAAGGUGAAAAACAAACGAGGCUAUGAAUUAUGAUCUAGUUGAUUUCCUUUGUGAAGUA